UUUCGGCCACAUAUUACCGGUACCACCACCACCGUCGACUAUCCUCAUUCGAACUUUUCACCACGCACCAGUCGUCGUAUUGUGUCACGACAAUUGACCAGUUAACUUUUAAGUGUCAUCCAGUAGUAGUUGGAGUGUAGUGGUUGGAAGAAGUCGACUUGGGUCUCUGAGCAGCCUGUCUUGCAUUGUCUGCGCUAUUAUUACAUGGAUUGUUGAACUAAAUCCAAAAUUAGAUCACGUUUCUAACGGGACUCAUCUUUCGCCUUGAAGAGACGGAAGAAAAGAUUGUUCGGUCGCCAACAAGCAUUUUUUUCAAAUUGGGUUGGCUUAUUUUACUUACUGUUGGACAGAAAGGAAAGGUUCCAUUCUGCGAAGGACGAAGAAAGGGAUAAGUAGCACAUACACACGGUCACAAUAUGGGGAUUAAAUUUUUGGAAGUUAUCAAACCCUUCUGUAGUAUACUACCAGAAAUAGCGAAACCUGAGAGAAAGAUUCAAUUUCGGGAGAAAGUUCUCUGGACUGCCAUUACCCUCUUCAUUUUCUUAGUAUGCUGUCAGAUUCCCUUGUUCGGGAUUAUGAGCUCCGAUUCCGCGGAUCCGUUCUAUUGGAUUCGUGUUAUCCUUGCUUCCAACAGAGGAACGUUAAUGGAAUUAGGUAUCUCGCCCAUCGUUACGUCUGGACUGAUUAUGCAAUUGCUGGCUGGUGCAAAAAUUAUUGAAGUCGGUGACACACCAAAAGAUCGAGCUUUAUUUAAUGGAGCACAAAAACUGUUUGGAAUGGUGAUCACGGUUGGACAAGCUAUUGUUUACGUAUUAACGGGCCUGUAUGGUGACCCUGCCGAUAUUGGGGCUGGAGUAUGCUUGCUCAUUAUCAUCCAAUUGUUUGUUGCCGGUCUCAUCGUCCUGCUACUUGAUGAACUUCUCCAAAAAGGAUAUGGUCUAGGGUCUGGAAUUUCACUCUUCAUCGCUACCAAUGUCUGCGAAACAAUCGUGUGGAAAGCUUUCAGUCCGGCCACCGUAAACACUGGUCGUGGAACUGAAUUCGAGGGAGCUGUAAUUGCUCUUUUCCAUCUUUUGGCAACCCGUCAAGACAAGGUUCGAGGGCUUCGUGAGGCUUUCUACAGACAAAACCUUCCAAACUUGAUGAACUUGAUGGCAACCGUACUUAUCUUUGCAGUGGUCAUAUAUUUCCAAGGAUUCCGUGUCGAUCUGCCAAUCAAAUCUGCAAGAUAUCGUGGACAAUACAGCAGCUACCCCAUCAAAUUGUUCUAUACCUCAAACAUCCCAAUUAUUUUGCAGUCUGCUUUGGUCUCCAAUUUAUACGUCAUUUCUCAGAUGCUCGCAGUUAAAUUUCACGGAAAUUUCUUGGUCAAUUUGCUCGGAGUGUGGGGGGAUAUGGCAGGAGGCGGUCCUGCAAGGUCUUAUCCAAUUGGAGGAUUAUGUUACUAUCUCAGUCCACCGGAAACACUUAGUCACAUUGUUGAAGAUCCGGUCCAUGCGGUCCUUUACAUUAUUUUCAUGCUGGGAUCAUGUGCCUUCUUUUCCAAAACGUGGAUUGAUGUGUCCGGGUCCUCUGCCAAGGAUGUAGCCAAGCAAUUGAAAGAACAACAAAUGAUUAUGAGAGGACAUCGUGACAAAUCCAUGAUUCACGAGUUAAACAGAUACAUCCCUACUGCUGCAGCAUUUGGAGGAUUGUGUAUUGGGGCCCUGUCCGUUUUGGCUGAUUUCUUGGGUGCUAUUGGAUCCGGCACAGGUAUUCUCCUCGCCGUCACAAUUAUCUAUCAAUACUUUGAAAUUUUUGUGAAGGAACAAAGUGAAAUGGGUGGAAUGAGCACUCUACUUUUCUAAAAAAAAGAAAGAAAUUACUAAUAUUUCUAGAUAUUGUAAACUACGAGUAGGUAGAUAUAUAUGUACUCAGCAAAACAAGUUGUUUUCUAAUUUUUGAAUGAAAAUUAGUCUGUGAGUGUAUACUGUACCCUUGAAUUGAAUGCAUGCGUGUGUAAGUUACAAAACUUAAAAAAAUAUGUCCUUUGCAAUAUUAUUGUCCUAAUAAUGUGUUUGCAAAUAUUAUAAAUUGAAACCACUCGACUGUCGUAAAUUAUAGUUUCAUAUAUAAUUACUAUGUGAUGUUAAUUAACGUUUAUUAUAAUAAAAAGUUUGUUGUUUUCUGAUA